AUGGCGGAAGAACCAGUACCACAGGCUUCGACUUCGAAUGCUGCACCGUUGGGUCACUCGGUGAUUCCGAUAGUGAACAAGCUCCAGGACACCUUUGCACAGCUCGGAAGCCAGUCAACGAUAGAGCUCCCUCAGGUGGCCGUCGUCGGAAGCCAAAGCAGCGGUAAAUCGAGCGUUUUGGAGGCUUUAGUUGGCCGGGACUUCUUGCCGAGGGGUUCCGAUAUUUGUACAAGAAGGCCCUUGGUUUUGCAGCUCCUCCAGACAAAGAGGAAAGCGGGUGGAACCGAGGAGGAGUAUGGAGAGUUCCUGCAUCUUCCGGGGAAGAGGUUUUUCGAAUUUAAUGAUAUUCGAAGGGAAAUUCAGGCUACCUUUAACUGUUUACAUGAUAACAAGAAGUCAGCAAGUGUCCCGUGGAUCAUGGCAAAGUCUGCAGGCCCUGCAUUGGCUUUGCUACUAUAUCCAAGAGGACUUUUGAUAUG